UGUGUGUUGUUUGGUCGUGGAUGUCUUGACUCGUGAAGAGACACGACUACGUCAUACUGAUACUAUGAGGUGGUUCACUGUGCUUGUCAUUACUCGACACAGAUUUCACCGGGCGGGGCUUUGCAAAGUUUUGACAGUCGAUCUCUCUGUGGCUGUACGCAUGGAAGCAUAAGAAAAGAAAUACCACAAUGGUGAUUCCAGAGGGAACACAGAAGCAGAAGCAGAGUCUCACUACAUUAAAAUGAGGUGAAGUUAACAUAAAGUGCCAUUGAUUCAGAAGAAAACAGCAGAUAUAAUUUAGGAGAGAGCAGAUUCAAUGUCCAGGCGUUCAGACACAGCUGAGCACUCAUCCGAGGCGAGACAGUGCAUGUUUAAAGAUCUGGGAGCAGCAAACAUUCAGACAGGGAACAAGUUUGCUGAGAGUGAAGUCUCGUCUCUCAAUGAUCGACUAUCAGACACCAUUGACCCUAAGGGGAAAGGAGCUGUUUUUAGAAGAUUGUUUAAGAAGACACCUAAAAAGGUGACAAGUCUCGCUGCACAGGAGGAAAAACUGUCAUUACAAGAUGGAGAACUGUCAGCAAGCAAACACCAUCAAACAGAAACCCACACCAAGAAAGAACCAGUAUUUAAGAAUGAGGAUUUUCCAGCCAGUGACAGUCAUGAGGAGAAUUCACUGUUUAAUUUUCUCAAAACAUUUCCAAGAGGAACUGAGGACACUUCUGGAGAGGACAGCCCACCAUUACACAUCAAACUGCUGGCCAGUAAUGACCAUCUCUUACAUCCCCUGUAUAACAACGUAGAGGAUAAUUCAGGCAAGCUAAAUGGCACUUUCCGCAGUUCCCCAAAACCAGCAUUACGUUUUGCUGUGGAAACGGAUCCACUAAGUGAGCACAGUGAGCUUACAGACUGGGAUUAUACCAUUUUGGAAGCUGAUAAGAAAUCUAUUGAAGUGCCCAGAAAAUGCACAGCAAGUCAUCAGAAAAUCUCUAAUCGUAGUACUAAGGUGUCAUAUAGAGUGAAGAGAACUCUGUCUACAAUGUCCACAUUUUCAUCCGGUACACAGGGCUCUGACCAGGAAGAUAUAAUGAAUGAACCAGUGGAACUACAGCAACUGCAAAAUACUGAGGACUGUACUUUUGAAAUCCUGCCAGUGGAGAUGGCUGCCUAUCCAACAGAUUUAAAUUCCUCAGAGACAGAUGAGGAUAAUGGUCUGAUGGACUGGUGGAAAACUGUUGAGGGUUGGAGUGAAUGGAACCAAACAUCAAAUUUUCAGGAGGAUGACGAGGAGCUGGCUGUAGAGGCUGCUGCUGACCGUGUGUUCAUGGCCGCCCGUCUCUUUGUCAGUCUAUUCAACCAGCGUGGAGCAUCUUUGCAAUGUCGCAUUAUGGAGUUGCUUGCUCUGGCUGAUGCUGCAGACAGUUUCCAUAAGAAGACGGUGAGCGCCGCUAUCGGAGGGGGUGUAGCUAGCGUCGCUGGAGGCAUAGCCACCAUUACUGGCCUCAUCCUUGCACCCUUCACCUUUGGCACAUCCACUAUUGUCACUGCAGUGGGCAUCAGUGUGGCCACAGCUGGCAGCAUCACUUCAGCCACAGCGAACAUCACCGACGCUGUUCAAUCCAAGAUAGACCGCAAGAAAGUGGAGAAGAUGAUCCAGGGCUACCAGAGUGAGAUCACUGACAUUAGGGAUUGUCUGGAAUUCAUGCAAGAAGGAAUGAAUACCCUGCAGGAAUGGGAUUUUAAGGACUACUCUGACAGUGUGGUCAACACAAGUCUCAACCGUAAUAUAAAGUAUGUGAUGAAGGAAGGUGGGCGAGCUGGAAAAGCCCUCCUGAUAAACACUGAUAGACUUGUUAGCACUGUGAAAGUUUUGGGUGUUGCUGGAGGUGCUGCCAAAGCCGCCAAGGCCAUCAGUAUCACCACAGGGGUCAUGUCCACUCUUUUCCUUGCUCUGGAUGUCUUUUUUCUCGCCAAAGACUCAAAUGAACUCCGCAAAGGUGCCAAGACCAAGUUUGCCUCCAAGAUCCGAGAAGUUUGCAAAGAGCUUCAACAUGGCCUACUGGAAUUAAACAAAGUGAAGACGCAGCUUCAGAAGACCAUGGAUGGAAUUGAAGUGGAAGAAUAUGAGGAAGAUGAGGAGGAUGAAGACCCGUGUGUGUCAGAUCCCAUCAAACUGGCUCUGCUUGAGCAGGAACUUGACCAGAUUGAGGAGAAACUUGACCAGAAGGGUCUGCAGGAUCAAAUGAACAAAAGCAAGAAGGCAGAGACUGAAGAAAAGACAACAAAAAAAACAAUAAUGAGGAGUGAAAAUGAAUGAUGCAACGUAUCACUAAAGAAAUGACAACAGCAGGAUGGUUGGCAAAUAAAAGAUUUGAAAGUGGGAAGAAGAGUGUGAAUGAAGAAUAAUAAUAAUGAGAAAAGUUUAUUAGGAAAGAUUUAGAACAGAUAAACAAGAUGUCUGAUGUCAAGAUGACUUCAAGAAGAUUUGAAGACUUCUGGGUUAAAAAAAUAGACCAAAGAUAGAUGGCAUUUAUAAUAUUUAAGGCUCAAGAUUAAGAAUGAUCUUUAUACUUUGCCUAACCCAGGUUUCUGUACUUUUAAGCAUGCAGCGCUUUUAAUAAUGGCUGAAGGAUUGCCAUAAACUUGUAAUUGAGAAGAGGGAUUUUUUACCUUCAUAUUUUUACCUGAAUUGAAACUUGCUCUGCCGUCAAUUUGUGCAGAAUUAACAUAAAACUGCAUUGCUAAACAAACAUAUGUAGUGUUAAAUUGUAAGCAACCAACAGCCAAUCAGGUGUCACAUACUGUCAUUUCAGCAUUUAGAGGGGAAAGCCAGUAGUGAUGGAAAAAGUCAAUGGCUUACAGGAAAUACUUGACCCUUUUUGUAAACAGGCCACAUACUGUUUGUUCAAGCAAUGACUCUGAUACCUUAUAUGCAAAAAGGAUGUUAAUCAAGGCUUUAUAAAUAUGCCCCACACCUUACUUAAGAAGUGAAAUCAAACAUUUAAAUCGCCCCCUGGUGGCUGGUUGCAGUACACGUUAUAAAUUUUGGCUUCACUAGGGGGAGGGGGUCUAAUUACAUGUUGGUUUCCACCAUUUUAGCUCUUAUUACACAAAUGUAUGUUUAAGUGUUGCUAAUAAGUUUGCAUUUAGUUAGUCAUGUGAUGAUAAAAAAAUGCAAUGUUGUGUCAUGAAUACAUGCUUGCGAGAGUUUGGUCAG